AUGAGCAUGGUGGACUUUCAACCUCAUAAAUUGACCAAAAUUGGAAAUCUUUGUUUUCGAAUACUUGGAAUGGCUAGAUUAAUUUAUUACAAGGAAUACAUUAAAGAUGGAGAAAGUUGGACAUCAAUGAACAACUUAACAAUUCUCAACUUAAUAUUAAAAUUUCGUGGACCUCAAUUUGAAUGGGAAUUGACAAAUAAAUUUAUUAUUUUACAAAUUUUAUGUUCUAUAUUUGCCUUUUUUUGCCGAUUCUGUUUGGCUCGAAUUUUCUAUGAUGAAGUUAAUUAA